AUGUACUCUGCGUCACUCACUCCCGAAGAGAUCAAUCAACUCAAGAACGGUUUCCUUGGCCCAGCAUUUCAGGUUUUUGCGGCUGGGGUGACAAAGAUCUAUGUGUCCCGCCCGGAAAGGGCACAGUGGGAGGAGACUGGCUUGGUGGGCGUGUGGACCUUCUUUGCCCACGAGCCCACCAAGACCCUCUACCUUCAGCUGCUGGACCUCCAGACCGGCACAAGGUUCUUCACGCAGGAGCUCUAUGAAGGCUUCGAGUACCUGCAGGCGACGCCCUACUUCCACACCUUUGAGAGUGAUAACUCCAUUUUGGGCGUAUCAUUUGCCCUCGAGCAGGACGCGGCCCGCUUCCACGCGGCUGUGAAGGAAGCGAUCAACAAGAAGCAGUACCGCAUGCGGCCCUCGACCUUCAAGAAGGUCUGGAGGACCGGAUUGGGCACCUUCACCUCAUGGAGGGGUGCCAAGAAGGAGAGGAAGCCGGAGCAGGCUAUGGCGAUCUCCUCUCCCUCUGGCUUCAAGCAUGAGUCGCACAUGGGCUUCUCCAAUGGCGAGUUCGGUUUCUGGUAUUUCCAACGCACUCUCAACAUCAGUGCGGAGGAGGUCGACAAGAACGCCGCCCAACUACUCUCCGUUGCCGCCCACCACGAGCUGAAGAACAAACUCCGGCUCAGUGCUGAGUUGCAGCAGCAGCAGCAGCAGCACGGGGCUGUGCCGCCCGCACCGCCCUCCGGUGGUGUCACAACUGGAGACGUGGAGCCGCCGAUCGACGGAAGAGAUACGCCCGCGGUUGCGCCGCCCCCGCCCCCGCCCGAGGGUGGUCAUUAUCAGUACACCCCCAGGCCUUGCCCACCCAAGGAGCUGCCAGGGAGGCCGGAAGAUAUGCCCCAAGAGCAGCAGGAAGACCUGGCCGACGUGCUGAAGAGAGCGAUCGAAGCCAAGUUUGGAGCAGGGAGGCGCAACGAAGAAGAGGAAGAGCAGGAAGAGGAGCAAAGCGACGACGACGACCUCUUUGGGGCUGACGAACCGUUCGAGUCCUAA